GUUCUUGAGUGAAUUUCAAGAUGGAAUUCUUGUACGAGACACUUGAGCUGACGUAGAAGGUGGUGAUUUGUAAAGCCUGACGAGUUUUUGGGUGGGAUUUGGACUUCGCAGUGCUUCGUUUAGUAUUGUCUUGAUGGUCAAUGAUUCAAUCAUCAUCGUGCUUUCAUGUCUCGUGGGAAUCCAGCCGUGUCCAUUUUGCUUGAGGAUUGAUGGUUGAUUAAAAAAAAAUCCUCACUUUUCUUAAACCUGUGACGUUUUAGAAAAUCCUACAUUUCAUGACUAGUAUUCUCCAAAAUUCUUUUGUGUGAACUGAAGUUUCCCGAUUUUUUCCGACAUCAAUUCGAUUACGUCAGAGAUUCUUGACAUUUCCUACGAGAGAUUUUUUUCCUUGGAAAACGUAUUUUUAAAAAUUCUUUACUUGCUAAUUUUGCUGUCUUUUAGGACUGUUUUCCAAUUUUACGGGCCUACUUCUUCACUCCACUACUAAGUAUUUAUCUUCACGAAGAAAUGUCACGUGACUGUCUCAUUCCGUCAUCAGUAAUAAUUAUUGCAGUAAUUGAUUUUAAUUAUAAUUGAAUAAUUAUAAUUAUUAUGUAUUCCGAAAUCCGCUCUGAAGUUUGGGGAAUUUCUCUCCUGAGAAUCUGUUGAGCAUCUGUCGAAAACUUCUGAAGUAGUGAGUGCUGAAUUAAAUUCCCUCCGAAUUUGAAUUGGUAGUUGCUCGACUGCAAACGUUCAUUACCACGAUUGUGAAUCUCAACUUUGUCGUGGAAUUCAUAAUUUUUUAUUCACCGAGUCCAGAUCAUUUCGAAGAUAGCGAACUGAGAUUUUUUGCCAAGUUCGUCACUGACGUUGAUUAUCUGAAUUCUGAAGCUAAUUCAAAGGCGACUGUGAAGGAGUGCAUCGCACGAGGUGGUGCUGUGUGCAUUAAUCCAGUUAUGUUGAUCAUGGACAAAAGAAUGAAAGAAAAUACGGCGAGUAAAGAAUGCGGUUCUGGAGAUCAACGGCGAGCCUCAGCGAAAAGGCUGCGUACGAAUGACGAAACGGAAGAAAUGACCGUUAUGAUUCAUCUCAUGUCUGAUCUUUCUUUCUUGACUUACAAGGACGACGUGUCCACCUAUUGGCCGAAUUACUACUUCACCGGCUACGUUGUCGGAUUAAUCGCGAACGAAGUCAACUGUGAACGGCUCAUCUCUCGUCCCAAGAACAAUUAUGACCGUGACAACUUUCAUCCAGCACUCUUCCACAUCUACAUCGGGACCCUCUGGAUUGUCCAGGUUCUGAGAGUUCAAGAAUUUAUGGGAACGGUUCAUCACGCGUCUCAGAACAGACUCGCCCCUCAUCUGAAAGAUCUGGAGAUGAUGAAAAUACCAGGUCCUCUAGUUGACCUCUUUCGCGGCCUAUCUUGUGGACACGCUGACCAAGCGGGCUCUGGCCUGAUAGGACCCCGUCUGGCGCAUGGAUCGAUUGUUGCGGAGGGUGUUAAUGACCAUCCCGUCGACCUGUUGUUCAACUGCAUUCCACCAGUCGCCAUUUUGCGACAAAAUAUGCGUCGCAUGUUUGAAAUGGCGAACGACCGAGAGGAUCGAGAGGGACGAUGUGCCAACAAAAUAUGUUUUACGAGCAUCGAUGUCGCCCAGUUUGCCGCAGACAAGGCUUACCCUUCGCCAUUUGCCCACGAGAGCCAGACGGAUUGGACUGCGCACGGAAGACUUGCUCCAGGUCUUUCUUUUCCACUGACCUUUUCAUUAUAUUCUGAAUCGUACUUUGGGAGUUAUGGCGUCUCGGGUCGGUAUGGGUCGAGUUUGUACAAUAUGCAAUUUCCAACUUACCCGCGUGAUGAAGAGGGAAAGAAAAAGCAGGAUUGGAUCUCGUAUCUCGGACUCGAUAACCUCCAGUGGUUCAAGCAAGUCGCCGGAACAGUGGGUUGGAUUUGUGAUGUGUUUGAGGGGUCCUGUGCUCUGAAGGAUAUCCCAGUCUAUGGCCGUGCUCCAGGACAAGCCGUUGUGAACCUGACGACGAAUUACGUAAAUGAUCACAGCCUUCGCGAUGCUGACGGAGACAGCUUGGAGUUCUCUUUUAAAAUCUGGAGCCCUCAGGAUAAAAUGAACCACACGACGGCGGAGCUUUGUGGCCUCUCUCAGGAUAAAAUGAACCACACGACGGCGGAGCUUUGUGGCCUCUCUCAGGUCACCGCUACCUUCCCUGACAACGUGGGAAAGAAUACUGGACUUCACAAAGUGGACAGGCUGAACAACGGACUUGAUGGGCCAUUUUGGACGAGGAUUGCUGACAAAGUCAUUUCGACUGAGAUCAUUGGCGAAAUAGUGACAAAAAGUGCAGUGAGAAUGUCCGGUGUAAGCGCGUCCAGCGGUAAACAGCGAACCUCUCAGAGAAAGUCUACCUCUGAAGACGAAAAUGAGCUUGAACAGAUGACCGCUAUGAUUCGUCUGAUUCCAAAUCUCUAUUUCUUGAAGUGCAAACCAAUUAUUUCAACAUACUGGCCAAACUACCAGUUCACUGGCUAUCUUGUUGGAAUAAUCGCGGGUGAAAUCAACGAGUCUCGCAUGAUCGGUGAUCGCGGAUUUCAUCCUGCUCUCUUCCACAUCUACAUUGGAACUCUGUGGAUCGUCCAGGUCUUGAGAGUUCAGGAGUAUAUGGGAACGGUACAUCACGUGUUCAACAACAGACUCGCACCUCUCAUGCGGAAACUAGAAGCCAUGAGAAUUCCAGGACCACUUGUUGAUGUAUUCCGCGGUCUCUCUUGUGGGCAUGGCGAACAUGAAGGUGUUGGCCUCAUUGGGCCCAGUCUUCCCCGUGGACCGAUCGUUGCAGAUGGUGUUAAUGAUCAGCCCGUCGACCUGCUCUUCAACAUCAUUCCACCGGUCGCCGUUUUGCGACAGAACAUGCGUCGAUUGAUGAAAAUAAUCAACAUUGAAGAUGUGUUCCGUUCGCAGAACCACGAUGUUGCCCAGUUUGCUGAAGACGACUCUGACCCGGAGCCAUUUGCCCAUGACAGCGAAACGGAUUGGACGGCGAAUGGAAGACUUGCCCCUGGGCUCUGUUUCCCUCUAACUUUUGCUGGAUGCCGUGUCUUCCGUUCCUAUAAAAAAUACCCCGUUGACUUUCCAGUUUACUCCCGUGAUAAAAACGACGGGAAACUGCAGGAUUGGUCCUCAUAUCUGGGAUUCGAUUGCGGCUUCAAGUGGUUCUCGGACCUCGCCGAAGAAGUUGACUGGAUCAAUGACUUGUUCGUGGGAUCUAUUCCACUUGGGGAUAUCCCCAUCCACGGACAUGCUCCUGGACAAGCCCUUGUGAACUUGACCACGACAUACGCCGACGACCAUGAUCUCCGAGAUGCUGGAGGAAAUUGCUUGGGCUUCUCGUUUAAACUCUGGAGUCCCCUGGGUAAAGUGGAUCCCAUGACCGCCCAUCUGUCCGGCCUUUCUCAAGUGACCGCCAACUUUCCUGCAAAUGUAGGAAAAAAUCCUGAUUUUCACAGAGUAGGCAGGCCGAACAGUGGACUUGAGGGUCCGUUUUGGGCCAGGACCUCUGACAAGAUCAUCUCGACUGAGGUGAACCCUGUUAUCGGCAUCAGAGGGACUAUUCAGUCGAUGAUGAAA